GCGCUGGCGGAAGGCGGGAAGCGGCGGCGCCUGAGGGCGGCGGCCCCAGAGACGCGUCCGGAGCCGGGAUGGCCGCCAAGGUGAAGGUGGAGAAGCCAGAGCUGUCCCCCGGGGCGGCGCGGCGCCGGCUGGAGGCCGCGCUGGAGCAGCUGCUGCGCGCCGGGACACGGGAGCCGCUGGAGGAGGAGCCCGGGAAGGGCCCCGGGGAGCCCCCGGCCAAGGAGGCCUCGCCCAGCGCCCCCGGGAAGAGGCCGCCCGGGCGCUUCCCGCAGCAGAGGAGGAAGAAGAGGAGGGAGGGGGGGGAGGGGCCCGAGACCCCCCCCCAGAGACAGAAUUCCUUCGUGAUCCGGCUGUUUGACCGCAGCGUGGAGCUGGCGCAGUUCCCCGCCGGGACCCCCCUGUACCCCGUGUGCCGCGCCUGGAUCGGACACGGCCCCGCCCCCGGCCCCGCCCCCGGCCCCGCCCCCGGCCCCGCCCCCGAGCAGGCCCCCCCCGCGGCCGAGGACGUGCUGGCCCUGCCCCCGCCCGGCCCCGCCCUGGCCCCGCGCGUCCCCUCCCCCCUGGGCCCCGACGAGGGAGCGGCGCCGCCCGACCAGGUGCUGGACCCCGCCCCCUCGAUUACGUCACUGAUCUACAAGAACAUGGACCGCUGGAAACGCGUCCGGCAGCGGUGGCGGGAGGCGGCGCAGCGGCAGCAGCAGCGCUACGGGCCCAGCCUGCGCCUGCUGCGCAUCAUCUACGAGCGACAGUGAGGCCACGCCCACCGGACACGCCCACAUCGACCACACCCACCUCAACCCUACCCAUAUUAGCCACACCCA